AUGCACAUUAAGCUUCUCUGGUAUGGUAACAACUUCAUAAAGUGGUGCACCCUUAACAAUAAUAUUUCAGUGCCAGCUGUGAACUCUCUAAAGCUGCUUGAGCUAAGGAACAUCGCCUUGCAGGUGAUAUGGGCACGGGGAGAGUGUUUGCAUGUUUUUGAAAAUCUUGGCAACCUUUUUAGUCGGGAUCUAAGCUUGAACUCCCUGCAGGCUCUCCCAGAUGGAUCUCCACUUCAACUCUCUCACAUACCUCCAACCAGACAUUUUCCCAGAGAGUCUCAAAACACUUGACCUCUCUUACAAUUUCCUGGCCUCUCCUGACCCAGCGGCGUUCCAGUCUCUCAGCUAGAUCAACCUGUAUAGGAAACGAUUCCACUGUGACAGCGGCCUAGAGGACUUUCUGACAUGGCUCAACGGGACUAAAGUGACUUUUCCAGACCCUGGCGUGGUUGAAUUCAGCUGUGAUUUUCCCUCAAAUCUCCAUGGCGUCAGCCUGUUGAAUUACAGCACAGUCAUAUCGUGUGAGGAGGAUGACGAGGGGCUGGUUCAGGAGCUGAGGCUCUCGCUCUUCGUCGUCUGCUCAGCCCUCAUCGUCCUGAUCAUUGUCGGAAUGAUCGUUUUAGACCGUCUCCGUGAAUACUUCUUCAAAGUUUACAAAAAGGUGAUCGCCAGGAUCCUGGAGGGCCCUAGGAAGAAUCCUCUUGCUGAUGGGCCCCCGUACAACGCUUACUUAUGCUUCAGCAACAACGACUACAAGUGGGUAGAAACUGCCCUGUUGAAGAGGCUGGACUCUCAGUUGGCAGAGCUGCUGCUUCGAGGCCAGAAACGUCAUCCCAGGUGAAGAUCACCUGUCCAACAUCAGGGAUGCCAUAUGGGGGAGCAGGAAGACAGUGUGUAUCGUGUCUAAAGAGUUCCUUAAGGACGGCUGGUGCCUGGAGGCCUGA